AUGGUAAGUUUUUGGAACAGGAAGAAACCAGCCGAAGAAUCUGGGGAGGAUCUUACAAAGAAAUCUCGCAGACCGCCAAACACAGCCUUUCGACAGCAGAGAUUGAAGGCUUGGCAGCCGAUUCUUUCACCUCAAUCGGUAUUACCAUUAUUGAUUCUCAUAAGUGCUAUUUUUGCACCAAUUGGUGUCGCUUUAAUUAUUACCGCCAAUAACGUUCAGAAUCUUAUUAUUAAUUACAGUCAGUGUGAUACCGUAGCUAACUCGGAUUCUUUCACUACCAUACCCUCACAAUACAUUAAAUACCAUUUCAAAAAAAAACUAGAGGUGAAACCAUCUUGGAAGCUUUCUGGAAGUGGAACAGAUUCAUCCAUUUGUCAAUUACAAUUUGAAAUUCCCAAUGAUAUAAAAAAGUCCAUCUACGUUUAUUAUAGGUUGACAAAUUUUUACCAAAAUCAUCGAAAGUAUGUGCAAUCCUUUGAUAUCAAUCAGAUAAAAGGGGACGCUGUUGGUGUAAAUGAUUUAUCCAGUGACUGCAGCCCACUCAAGAAUAACGAGGAUCGUGUCAUAUAUCCUUGUGGACUUAUUGCCAACUCUCUAUUCAACGAUACUUUCUCUCUCACUCUACAAGGAAUAGACGGUACUAGUAACUAUGUUAUGACAAAUAAGGACAUCUCAUGGAAAGCAGAUAGGAAAAGAUUCAAGAAAACGAAUUAUAACGCCUCUCAAAUUAUUCCCCCACCAAACUGGAUGAAAAAAUAUCCCGAGGGCUACAAUGAUGAUAAUAUUCCUGAUUUAUCUACUUGGGAAGAACUUCAAGUGUGGAUGCGGACUGCAGGUCUUCCAAAAUUCUACAAACUUGCGCUUAAGAAUGAAACGGCCGAUUUACCGAAGGGCAUCUACCAAAUGGACGUUGGCCUGAAUUAUCCUGUUUCAAUCUUUGGAGGAUCAAAGUCAUUCAUACUCACUACAAAUAGCAUCAUAGGCGGUCGUAACAUGUCUUUAGGUGUGGUAUAUCUGAUAGUCGCAGGCAUCUCCAUCAUGUUCGGCAUAAUAUUUCUCAUCAAACUUAUCGUCCAACCACGCAAACUAGGGGAUCAUUCUUACUUAAAUUUUGAGGAAGGUCAAGACUUGAAUGCCACUCCAUCGGUUGCAGAGGUUCCUCUCAGAGAGAUAUUAUAG